AUGAGUGAACAAGAAGUUUUAAGAUUUGUUCGUGGACAAUUAAAUAGAAUUUCUGAAAGUACAUUAGAAGGAAUUAUUGGAACUGUGAGUGGAUAUUAUCAACAAUAUCCAAAAGCAUUUGUUACUCAAGCUAUUAUUACGUGUUGUAUAAAAACAAUUAAUGUUAUGUCAGAUUUAACAGAACAAGUAUUAUUAUUAUCUGCAUUUGUUUCUGGAAUAUCUGGUGCAGUAGAUAUUGGAAUUUGUGGUGAAUUACUUCAAGAAUUAUUUCAAGAACCACCUACAGGAUCAGUAGCAGUAUUUUUAUGUGGAUUAUAUUAUAUGAAAGUAAUUGAUGAGAAAUUAUUGAUUGAAUUAUUAAUAGAAUCUAUUGAAAAAAAUAAAUUUGAUAUAGUUAUGGCAAUAAUUCAGAAUGGAGGAAAUAAAAUAAGAAAUGAGAAUCCAAAAUGUUUGAGAGAAAUUUUAAUAAAAGUUAAUGAAGUAAUAAAAGGGAAAGAACUUAGUGUAAAAGAGAAAUUUGUAAUUGAGAGUUUAAAUGAUUUAAAAAAUAAUAAAUUAGUUGGUAAGAAUGAAGUUGUACUUGAAAGAUAUAAAAAAAUUAUUGGAAUUGUUUGGAAAAAGUAUGGAGUUACUAAAGGAUUUGAAUUAAGUGUUGGAUUAAAAAAUAUAAUAGAUAAAACAAAUAAAUGGUGGGAAGCUGGUUCUGCACAUUCAGAAAUGUUUGUUACAGCAUUAACAAAUCAAGGAGAAAAUGAAACAGUUGCAAAAGCAAGAGAACAUCAUAUGAAUACUGAACUUAGAAAAGCAAUUUUUAUUGCAUUAAUGGGUGCAAUGGAUUAUGUUGAUGGAUAUCAAAGAAUACUUCAACUUGGAUUACAUGGAGAACAAGAAAGAGAAGUUGUAUUUGUUUUAAUGUAUUGUUUAGGACAAUCAAAAACUUAUAAUAAAUAUUUUGAACUUAUUGCAGAACAAAUUAUUCAAAAAUCUAAAUCAAAUAAAUUUACUUUUCAAAUAGCAUUCUAUGAAAGAAUGAAAGAUUUAGAAAAAUAUAGUAUAAGAGCUAUCAUUAAUUGGGCAACACUUCUUGGUGUAUUAAUAUCAAAAGAUUUUCUUGGAUUAAGAGUUUUAAAAGGAAUUAAUUUAAUUACACCAACUACUAUGGAAAUUGUUUUUGCAAGAACUGUUCUACAAAGAGUUUUAGGAGAUGAUUCAAUGGAAAAUGUUACAAAUAUAUUUACAAAACUUAUUGCUUUAAAAGAUGUUGAUUCUUUGAAAAUUAGAAAAGGUAUACAUCUUUUUUUACUUAAAAAAAUGGGAAAAUGUCAAGAUCCUUCUCAACGACAUCUUAUUGAAAAACGAAAACAGAUGAUGAUUAAAUUACUUAAUUCAUCUGUUGAUGCAUUAAUGUAA